UAAAAUAAUUUUUAUGAUUAAAAUAUAAAACUAGAUUAGUAUUUAUUUAUGCAACUCAUUUUUUAUUGCUGUUAUAAAAAUUUCAACAAAAAUAAAUUAUCUGGUUGUUGUGUAUAUUAUUGUAUGGAAUUUAAGUCGAGGGGUGUAAACUGUCACAAAUUAACUUGAUCUGUGUCACAAAUAUUUAAGGCAGCUUUUUGUGUUAUUGUUUUUAAAGUGUGUAGCUUAAACCGCAUUCUUAUUAAUUUAACCGACUACUUUGAUUCACUUUUAUAUUGAACUAUAAUCAUGAAGGCAAUUCUAAUUUUCGACAGUGUAAAUGAUUUAUUGUAUUCUAAAUGGGACGAAGAAUUUUUGCGCCGAAUGAAAUCUUUUAAUGACCAAGAAGCCAAUGAAACAAUAACUGACAGUCACCAUGUCUCACAACUUUUGUCACCAAUCAUAACAUCGCAGCGUAUAAUGGCAGCUCAAUUUAGUAAUACCUACACAUCCAUGCAAUGCAAAGAUAAAACAUCCAUCGUUUUUGAUGAGUGGUUGGACCAUGUGUUUAUGAUUAUCAGUGAAGAUAGCGUGGAUGACUCCCACAGGGAGCUAUUGGACUGUAAGACAUUAGUACAGCAUAUAUGUGGACAGAAUAUUAACCUCCUUCAUUCGUCAAUUUAUCAAGAUUGGUUGUCCAUGCUCUUGGACAGCCGUUUGAAAGGUGAUUCGAUUCCUGGUGCAAGCGGUGUGAUUGGAGAGAGUGGCGCCACUAUUGCUGCACUUAAUGCACUUAAAAGUGUUGCUAAAGAACUGAAGCCACCUCACCCGCAUUAUCAUUUAAUGCUUUAUGUGGGGGACAAAAUGCUUGCUUUGUAUUCAAGCCGUGGCAGUGAAGAUCUCAUGCCACCAGAUUUAAUUUUAUUGAGCAUACAAUGCAUAGCUGCCCAAGAAUAUUGGAGGGAUUUGGAAAAAAAUCUGGAUAGUGAAAACUUGCGAUUGCCUUGGUUAUCAGAAGAGAACAGUGCUAUAGUUCACAUGUGUGCGGGAAGUGGUUGCAGUCCUAGCGCACCGCACUCGUUGCAUCUCAUAGAAGUUGCACCCAGAGUAAUUUUUGUUGUGCUAAUUGAUAUGGAUUUGAGGGAUGUAGGAAUAGCUGCUCAUAUGUCUAGUCAAAUACUUACAAAUUUAAGACGAAUUUUACUUCAAAGAAAUUUGGAAUUAUUACCAGCAUCUCUAGAUUCUCUAGAAGCUGCAUUGAAAAAGACAACCGAUUCUCUGCGUAAAACAAAGGGCAAUGCAAAUCUUUGUGCACGACUUACGAGCCGGAUGUUGGAACUAAGGAAGUCAUGUACCACAACAACACCUUUGACUCCGGAAACAACGGCUACGGCAAUGCAUACGGCUUUAGAAGCAGUCAUCGAACAAUUGAAGCCAGAUAUUCCAAGUCUUAAACUGGAACAACCCUUGAAGGAUCUGCGGAUACUACUGGCACCAUAUAUAGAGUUCCUGCAAGUGAAAGCUAGGCGCUACUUCAGUUUGGGAUCGGGUGAGAUGGAAGGGAGUAGUUCCCUAACCCUGCACAAGUAUGUGGAAGAGUUUCCGGGGCUCAUUCAUUUCAUCUACGUGGAUCGGACCACGGGAAGGUUUUUGGCUCCCGAUAUGGCAGACUGCGCUGAUAUGCUGACACCAGAUACUAUCCGCGACAUAAUGCGUCGCACGAUGUUCGCGCUGCGCGAGGGCUACGGCGCGGCGACGUGGCGGCGCGGCGCGCUGCACGUGUGCGCGGUGCAGUGGUGGGAGCGGCGCGGGCAGCCCGUGCGCCCCGCGCCGCACCACCCGGCCGCGCUGCGCGCGCUCGCCCCAGGCGACAUACUCUCCACGUUCUAUAGACAACUGUUAGAGCUAGUAUUCCCGAACGACCAUCAAGGCGUAAGCAUAAAAGAGCUUAUUUGUAUACACUUGGGUUUACUGCCGGCGUCUACCGCCGUGCAACAGGCGCGUCGACUUGCCCAUUCCGUUUACGAGAUGGCUGGAGAGAAUCCCGCUAUUGCGUCUGAUUUAUUGUGAAUACAUUAAAAAAUACUGAAAACUGUAUGGAAUUCGUUGUUCUGAAAUAAUAAAGAGUGGUUAUUAAUUUCAUACUUAGGUUAAAUAGGUUCAGUAAAAAUAUGAUUUAGAAAGUGAUAAAAUUUUCACGAAAUUCUAUGCAGAUUGAGUAGAACUUCUAGAGACAGUUCUAAUUCAUAUCUAAUGGAAUAUUAGUAAACGGAUAGCAGGGCGCCAAUUUUUGACGAACUACUAAAACUUGCUCAGAAUAUUGAAAAAAACUUUUAUUGAUAAAUUAUGUAGUCAGUACAUUAUCUAUUAACGACAAAGAAUAUGAAGUUGGCAAAUAUUUACUCGUACAAGGUAGGUUUAGGUAAAAUAAAAAUACAAUAAUUACUUAUUGUAUUAUUAUUUUUGGUAUGUAUUAGUUGCAAACUUUGAUACUUACCUACUUCUAUUUUUAUAUACCUAAUUUAUCUAGGUAUUUAAUCUAGGUAGGGGUUUUAUUUGUAUAUUGGUUUCUACUGUAAUUAGAGUAUUGUAAUGAGAUUUUGUUUUUAUAUCCUUAUUGUUAUCUUAAUCAAUGUGAAUUUAAGUGAGUAAAACGCCUCAUUUUAUAUGGACUACCAAUUCAAUUCUACUGUACUGCGUGUUGUUGGUUUUGUCUGUUAAUCUUUUUUUAUUUUUUUUUACAUUGUUUUUUAUUGUUUAGGAUGUAAUGGGAAUUAAGAACUAUUUAUUAAAUAACUCUAUUAAGUAAAACUUCACGAUUAUAAAAAAAAAAAUAUUGAACAAGCACCAGACAAAUAAUUAUCUAAAUAUUUAACAAUGACUACAGGAAUGAACAUUCCAUAUUAUUUUAAAAACAUUAAACUACUAGUAAGAAGUAGUCUGAUUAGUGAUUAGAUUUAACUUAUAUUUUAUUAUUGUAUUGUAUUGUUUUACUUUGGUGCCCAUUUAGUUUUAAAUGAUUUAAUAUACUUUUGAAAUCACUGGAGAAUAGUAAUAGUGCCAAUUUAGUGAUAUUAUUGAAAUACAUUUUUUACAAUAAUGUAUUAAAUUCUAGUCUGCUUAAGAUUUUAAGAAUAUGUGUAUCCAUUUCUUGCCAAUAUGUUGCCAAUAUUCGAAUUUUUGUAUUUGUUAACAAUUUAAAAAAAUUAAUAAAGUGUACUUGCUA